GUCUCUCUCUCUCGCUCUCUUUCCCACCCAGUCCUCUAUCAGCCCAGGUGGCAGAGCGCACUUCGGCCGAGGGAUGCAGCGUCUCAUCUCCAGCACAUGGACAGCGGAGCUUGGAGCUGCCGCAGCGCGCCACGGCUCCACUAGCUGAAGACGCCACCUCUCAGCGGCGGGAAUAAGAGACGACACACCUGCGUUCAACUCCUGGACCUCAGACUAAAGGAUUGGUUCAUACAUCCUCCUCUUUUUUCUUCUUUUUUUUUUUUCAAACCGCGAGAGCAGAACAAGUUGUGUUCAAUGCGCAACCAUGCUCAUCAUCCCGUCUCGCAGUGCGCUGCUCUCCGUCUAUUACCCACAGAUCUUCCUCAUCCUCACCAGCGGUAGCUACCUUGCGCUGUCCUCCGUGGUAGCUCUGGGCGCUAACAUCAUCUGCAACAAGAUACCAGGAUUGGCCCCCCGUCAGAGAGCCCUCUGUCAGAGCCGCCCCGAUGCCAUCAUUGUCAUUGGUGAAGGCGCCCAGCUGGGCAUCAAUGAGUGUCAGUACCAGUUCCGCUACGGCCGGUGGAACUGCUCAGCCCUGGGAGAGAGGACAGUCUUUGGACAAGAGCUGAGAGUAGGCAGCAGGGAGGCAGCCUUCACUUAUGCCAUCACUGCAGCUGGAGUUGCCCACGCAGUGACCACAGCUUGUAGCCAAGGCAACUUGAGCCAGUGUGGCUGUGACCGAGAGAAGCAAGGCUACCACGACCAAGAGGAGGGCUGGAAGUGGGGAGGCUGCUCUGCGGAUGUAAAGUACGGCGUGGAGUUCUCGCGGCGCUUUGUGGACGCCCGUGAGAUCAGGAAAAACGCGCGCCGGCUGAUGAACCUGCACAACAAUGAGGCAGGGCGAAAGAUCCUAGAAGAGAGGAUGAAGCUGGAGUGCAAGUGUCACGGUGUGUCUGGUUCCUGCACCACAAAGACCUGCUGGAUCACGCUGCCAAAAUUCAGAGAGAUUGGUUACCUGCUAAAGGAGCGUUACAGUGAUGCAGUUCAAGUAGAGCCAGUCCGGGCCUCACGGCUCCGCCAGCCCUCCUUCCUACGUCUCAAAGAGGCUCGGGGCUACCAGAAGCCCACUGACACAGACCUGGUGUACCUGGAGCGCUCGCCCAACUACUGUGAAGAGGACACAGCCACAGGCAGCACAGGGACACGGGGCAGACUGUGCAACGGUACCUCUACCCACACAGACGGCUGUAAUGUGAUGUGCUGUGGCCGGGGUUUCGACACGCACCACUACACACGGGUCUGGCAGUGCAACUGCAAGUUCCACUGGUGCUGUUUUGUCAAGUGCAACACAUGCAGUGAGAAAUCAGAAGUUUUCACUUGCAAGUAGGGGAUGAGGAGGUGGAACACUGGGGGAGGCUUUGUAAAACGGAUAUGGGUCGAAGGUAAGGGGAUAUGACAAAGUGGAAUUUGAAGUGAAGGACUUGGAAGUAUUUAUUCAACAUUUUGCACAUUUUGACAUCCUAUUUGGAAUUCUUUACAGAGAGGAGAGACAGACACGAAAUGGGAUAUGGUUUGUAAAGUAUUGGGAAGAAGAGACAUGAACAUUUCAGUAAUAUAUUUUCUUGCGUGCUGGUACAAAACAUGUGACAUGGUGCAAACAUGUUGCAAAGGACAUGACGUUUGUUUUUUUUUGUCUCCAGCAAAGCAACAUUUGGAAGACAAUUACCUGCGCAUCUUACAAAGAUGUAGCUUACAGUCUUCAAAAGAUGUCACGCACAAGAGGAAAAUAAAACUAUUGGUGGAUCUUGUUGGACUUUUGUAACAUCCUAACUGGAAAUGCUACAAGAGCAAAGUGCUUUCAACUGCCGUGAAAGAAGGAGAGUCGAGCUUCAGUGGCUCCCGCUGAGGGUUGAAAGAUGGCAGUGGAAUACGUUUAACUGUACACUCACACUGUAUUCUGUUUGAACACUGAAAAUAAAACAAAAUUAUUUAUGUAAAAAUAUAUUGCAAACCUAUAUAGGAUGGAUAGCAAGUUCAAUUGCUCUUUAACAUGUUUCUUCUCCUUUGUGAUCUACUGAUACAAGCUGGGAGUAACCAACUUUUAUUCAAGUGGAAUCACAUUUACAGCCACUGAACAGAAUAUUCAGCUAAAUCCUCUGUUAUUUUAAUUUUUAUCCAUUAUCAGUCGUCAGUGGCAUAUUAAGCUAUAGAUUAGUUCUUUUGCACUCACAUAGUCACACUUCUUCUUUUUCAUGGAACAUCAACAUCACAGAGUUUGGGGGGUUGUGUUGUCGAGUGCCGUGCUGACAUCUCUCUCAUGGACAUAUUCCCCCCCCCCCCUUGGGCCCACACCCUUUGUUACGCCAAGAGCCAAAGAGGCAGAAAAUACUCACAUACUAUUUUAAGCAUCCAAACUUGUCAGUUUGAACGGCACUUUCCAUCCCGACCGUGUUCAUUGUUUUGUUUUGUUUUUGGAGGGCUCUUGACUUCUGAGAAAAGUAUGUAAGCCUCAUUGGAACUCCAUAGAGGUGCAAUCAGGUUCAGAUACAUCGAACAUUCCCAUGAACGGCAGAGACAUGGAAUUCCACAUGGUGGCCUCUGCUUACACAAGGUCUUCCAGCGCGGUUUAGGCCUGCCUGGGUGGAUGGCAUGUACCCUAACCACACAGAAGGGGGUAUGAGAGGAUCAAAGGCCUCAAAGCUAUUUUUGGACAGCACCCUUAAUGUAUUCAGAAAUGUUUAUUUAGGCUUUAUAUAACUUACAAAACAAUUUGAAGAGUAUAUUUUUAUAUGAGGAACGUGGCACUUUAUGUCAUUUAUAGAUGGAAAAGAAAGUCACU